AUUUGUUUCAAGGGCACAGAGAAUGGCUACCUGGCAGCCUCAUAGUUCUGGUAGAGAAAAGCAAAGGGAGUAAAAAGAUAACUCGGGUGGGUUUACUGAUCACAUCUCCCUCACGAAGGCAGAUGAAGUGUUCCUCAAGUUGGGUUGUGGGAUAAUGCGAGGUGCCAGAUGCUUUAUAGUACGGUCCAUCUCUCCGGGGGGCGGAAGCUGUGUCCAUAUUUCUGACAUUAAGGAACAAGUAAAGGUGUAUUCCAUGCUGAAAAGAGAAGAAAGGAAACAACGUGCUGUGGUGCCUUCUUCGGGUGGGAACGCAGCUACCUGAACUAUUUCUGGCAUUAAGUUGAGUUUGUUCAGUGUGGCCAUUGGUAGGGUUACCAUACGUACGUUUUUUUUCUUGGAUAUAUUCUCCUGUUCAGUUCUUAACCGCCGGUAAAUUUAAAAUGUCCGGGACUUUUUUCCUUUACUCUUUUCCCCCCAGUGGUUAUUUUAAAUGGUUCUUGGGACUAAGAAAGUAUCAUUCGAGAUAGAGAUUCGGUGUUGAGUUGAUUACAGUCGUAGUCUAAAUCGUGUCCCCGUCCUGUUUGUUUUCCGUUUUGAACAGGUAUGCGAUUUAAUAGACCCGAGUGCAGAUAACCAGAACCGCCCUCUAUCCCACGAAAAUUAUCUUGUCCUUAAUGCAUCGCCCCACUGUGAUUCCCGACGCGCAGAGCCUUAAAAUCAUCACCUCUGAACCCGAGGUUGUGCUUCUCUCCCAGAACAAAAAAAAAACAAAUUCUCUCUUCAGGUGACGGGGGAUCAGCAGACUUUACUAGAGAAGUUAGGUCAGACAGAAACUCAGAUGUUUGACGUGCUUCGUGGUGACACCAACAAUUGCUGCUAUGAGAACGACCUCUGUGUAGCUAUAUGCAUGUAUGGAGUUCAAUAAAGUGUGUUGCCAUUUAAACGUGCUACUUCUUUCUGAGACACGCAUAUAGCGCAAGGUUCCGCGUACGUAGGAACUCGUUGUUCGAGUAGCCCGGGUUUCUACACGGAGCCUCCAUGUAGACGGAACCGGAACACAUCGAACAUGGCGUUUAACUUUGGAGGCGCUCCCUCUAACACUGCGGGCUCCUCCGGAUUUUCAUUUGGUUCAUUUGCCCCUAAAACAACAGCAUCAACUGGUUUUGGCUUUGGCACGGCCACUACAGCCGCCUCAUCCGGAUUUGGUAGUCUUGCUGCUCCAGGGUUUGGGACGACCACAACAACAGCUUCAUCGACAGGCUUUGGCUUUGGGGCGGCCAAUACAGGAUUUGGUGGGCUGGGAGCUGCCAACCCCACCACUGGUGCUUUUGGUGGUUUUGGGACAACCACUACCUCUGCUGCAGCUGGGCCCACUUUCAGCUUUGCGGCUCCUGUGAACACAGGUGGCCUCUUCGGUAACACGCAGAAUAAGGGCUUUGGGUUUUCUUCAGGGUUCGGUGCAGGCACUGUCGCCACUGGUGGUCUUGGCACCGGCUUGGGGACAGGUCUGGGGUUCGGGGGCUUCAACACCCAGCCGCAGCAGCAGGGUUUGGGAGGCCUGUUUGGACAGCUGGCCCAGCCCCCUUCCCAGUCCAACCAGCUCAUUAACACCGCCAGUGCCCUCUCUGCGCCCACGCUUCUGGGAGAUGAGAGAGAUGCCAUCCUUGCUAAAUGGAACCAGUUGCAGGCUUUCUGGGGCACAGGCAAAGGGUACUUCAACAAUAACAUCCCCCCCGUCGAAUUCACGCAGGAGAACCCAUUCUGCAGAUUUAAGGCUGUAGGGUAUAGCUGUAUCUCUGCCAGUAAGGAUGAAGAUGGACUGGUGGUCCUGGCCUUCGACAAGAAGGAAGUCGAUGUCCGGAACCAACAGCAGCAGCUAGUGGAGUCGCUGCACAAGCUGCUGGGAGGAAAUCAGACGCUGACCGUCAAUGUGGAGGGAGUCAAGGCGCUGCCGGAUGACCAGACAGAAGUGAUCGUCUAUGUGGUGGAGCGCUCCCCCAACGGCACCUCGAAGAGGAUUCCGGCCACGGCCCUGUUCGGCUACUUGGAGCAGCCCCACGUCAAGGGCCAGCUGCAGCAGCUGAGCGUGGUGCUGACGGUGGCGCGGACGGAGCUGUCGCCCGCGCAGCUCAAGCAGCUCCUGCAGAACCCCCCCGCCGGUGUGGAUCCUAUCAUUUGGGAACAGGCAAAAGUUGACAAUCCUGAUCCAGAAAAACUCAUUCCAGUGCCAAUGGUUGGUUUUAAAGAGCUGAUCAGAAGGCUGAAAAUCCAGGAGCAGAUGACAAAGCAGCACCAGACCAGAGUGGAUAUCAUUUCAGACGACAUAAGUGAAUUGCAAAAGAACCAGGCAACAACUGUGGCAAAGAUAGCGCAGUACAAGAGGAAGCUGAUGGACUUGUCUCACAGGGUGUUACAGGUCCUGAUCAAGCAGGAGAUUCAGAGGAAGAGUGGAUAUGCCAUUCAGGUGGAUGAAGAGCACCUGCGAGUGCAGCUGGACACCAUUCAGUCCGAGCUCAACGCCCCGACUCAGUUCAAGGGUCGUCUGAAUGAGCUCAUGUCCCAGAUCAGGAUGCAGAAUCACUUUGGAGCGGUCCGCUCAGAGGAGCGCUAUAGCGUGGACACUGACCUCCUGCGAGAAAUUAAGCAGCAUCUGAAGCAGCAGCAGGAAGGAAUUAGUCAUUUGAUCAGCGUCAUUAAAGAUGAUCUGGAAGACAUCAAGCUGAUCGAACAUGGGCUUCACGAUGGCGUACACCUCAGAGGAGGAGUACUGAGCUGACGAUAUUGCUCUUGUCUUCUGCCGGCUGUCAUCAAAACAUCUGCAGACCUGGGGACCUGGGACCUAGGCCAGCAGGGCAUGCGCACUACUUGUCUUGCUGUUGAAAGUCCCAGGCUCCGAUAUAUUACUUGCCACUCCAUUCCCGAUACCCAUAGUAACUGAUACUGGUGACUUGUCAAUAUGGUUUAUAGAGCAAAAUCCAUGCUUCCACCCUUCCACACAAAAUGAAUAUUUCAUUUUGACAGACCAGGCAUUUAAAGGCUUUCACCUGUCAUUGUAAGUAAAUAUGCAAAAAACAUAUUUUUUACUUUUGGAAUUGCUUUGUAUUGAGGCAUAAGUUGUAAACUGAUUUCAUGUAAUGGAUUAAAAGGUUUAUAAAUAA